CGGCCGCCAUUCGGCACAGCUUCCUUCUUAACAAUUCUCGGAAUUUUGACUGAGAGCUCCGUCCAUUGUCGCGGGAAGAGCCGCAAUUUACGUUCGUUUGUACGCUUCUCUUCUGGACUCAUUCGCUCGCAAACCGCGACCAUGGCCUCCCUCACGCGGAGCAUCGUCAUCGGCCCACUCUCCCGGUCUUCUCUUAAAUCCACGAGCCCUUCGAUAAUAUGCGCGCAAUGUCGGCGCACCUUCGUUACCAGUCCCGCCCUGCAGUCUGGUCACAACAAGUGGUCCAAGAUCAAGCAUGAAAAGGCCGCCGCCGACGCCAAAAAGAAUGCAGCCCGGACCGUCUUCACCAAGAACAUCACCCUGUACUCGAAGCUCUAUGGACCCAACCUGAAUAAUAACCCACAGCUUGCCACCGUUGUCGCGGCGGCCAAGAAGGCCGGUACGCCCAAGGCCUUGAUCGAGGGAGCCAUUGCCCGAGGCCAGGGCAAGUCGUCGGAAGGCGCCACGCUAGAGCCCGUGAUAUACGAGGCGAUUGUGCCGCCCAACAUCGCUCUGGUGGUUGACGCUGCGACGGAGAACACGAAGCGCGUUAUAGAAGACUUGAACCAGAUGGUGAAGAAGGCCAACGGUGCCAAGAGCCCGUCCAAGUUCCUCUUCGAGCGGAGGGGCCGCGUGAUCUUUGAGAAGGGCGAGAGCGGGCUGGACGUAGAUGACAUUAUGGAGGAUGCGAUUGAGGCUGGCGCCGAGGAUCUCGAGAACGACCAAGAGGGCAACAUUAUUGUCUGGUCGGACCCCUCGUCAACUCAGCAGAUCUGCAAGGCUGUUGGGUCCAAGUUCAACCUCAAGAUCGCCGAGUCCGACAUCGUGUGGCAUGCCAUUGAGGAUACCAGGGCUCCGCUGGACUCCUCUGACGAGUUGGUCAAGUUUAUGGACCUCCUCGCAAGCAUCAAGGACUACCCUGAUGUCCAGGCGAUCUGGUCCAACGUUUCUAGGGGAAACAUGAGUGAUGAUGAGUGGGACAGGGUGACUGAGCUCAUUGACGAGUAGUCCUGGCCUGAGAAGACGCAAAAGAAGGCACGAAACAAAUGAUUGUAAACAUUGAUAAACCUCCCCUUUCCAAAGAUGAUGCCCGGGCCCGAUGCAAAGCAGAGAGGCUCCUCCCUGUUGACCAGGAUACGUAUAAAUGACAAGUUUGCCCAUAAACGCCUUGUAACCCAUAUCGAUAUUCGUCCACCCCUAACCACAA